CAUAAAUGGAGGUUGACCCAACUAAAGCCAGAGGCCAUAUUAUCUCAGAUGAAACCUUUUGAUUCACUGAGGAUCUGUGCAAGCUGUAUCACCUUUGUAUCGGGUUUAACAAAGACCCUCUUGAUGAAGAUGAUCUCAAAUUUACCUAUGAAUAUGAUGAUGAUUUCACUACAUUCCCAACGAUUUGUCUACUAGCAAUGAAAUAAUAUUCAUCUCAAGGUGUUUGAUACCCCUGGACUUCCUAGUCUAAAGCCAGAGCAGCUACUUCAUGGAGAGCAAAUUGUUGAGUCGUUUAAAUCAAUUAUCCCUGGCUCAACUGUUAAAUGUAUUGCAUCAGUUGAAGAUGUUGCUGACAAGAUCAAAGGCAUGCUAGUUACAAUCAGAAUAGAUAUUCUAGAUCCUGACGACAAUGAAAUACAUUAUUCAAGGUGAUAUAUGAAAUGAUAUGUAAAAGGUUGUGGUGGAUUUGGAGAUAAAGGUAUAUUGGAUCUAAAAAUACCUUCUCCUCCAACCAGAGAUCCAGAUGAUAUCUUAGAAAUUCAGACAGAUAAAAGGCUUGCUCUUUUCUAUAGACUUUGAGGAGACCUUAACCCACUCCACAUAGUCCCAAAAGCUGCUCAAUCAGUUGGCUUCCCCAGCCCCAUUCUUCACGGUUUGUGCACAUACGGAAUCAUAACAAACGCCAUCUACAAGACCUACUGCCCCCAAGAUCAUACCUCAAUAAAAAAAAUCAGUGCUAGAUUCGCUUCACCUAUCUUCCCCGGAGAGACCAUAACCCUCCACCUCUACAAAUCCGACUGCUCAAUCUUCUUUACUGCCUUCACAUCCCCCUCUCUCCCCGCCUGCAUAGGAGUAAUUUCCCUCUCUUCCACUGCCAAACUAUAAUUUCAGCCUGCCC